CUUUUCAGCUCAAACAUUAUCACAGAUACACAUAAGUCAGGAACUAGAAAAGGAGCGACUAUUAAUACAACAAAGCUGAGCUAGUCUUGUUUGUGUGUAAUAACAAAGAUGAAUGGAAAACAGUAUCAUUCUUCAUUGAAAGGAGGAAGAAUUAGAAGUCCCUAUAGCCAUGGCUUCUCUUCUUCUCAAAUCCAAACUAUUUCUUCCUUUUGUGAAACUCUCAUUCCACCACUCCCACCUAGCAAUGACAAGGCUCUUGAUUCCUUCUUUACUUCUUCUGGCUCUCAUCCUCCGCUCCCCAAUGAGGUUGCAGAACUACUAGUGAAGAGGAGCAAGCCAAAGGCAUUAUUCAUAAUAAAGAUAGUUGUGUUUUUGUUAUCAACAAGAUUAGGGACUCUUCUACUUUGUGGUAAAAUUUGCUUGGAUAGGAGAUGGCCCUUUGUUCACAACUUUUCUGAAUUAUCCUUAAAGCAUAGAGAAACUCUUCUGCAAACAUGGUCCAGAGAAAGUUUUCUCAUUCCACUGAGAAUUACUUUCGUAUUGAUCAAAAUUAUGUGUUUCUUCAUAUUCUUCUCUUGGACUGAAGAAAAUUGUAAAAAUCCAACAUGGGAAGCAAUUGGCUAUCAUCCAGAGACAAGAGAGACCCCAUGUGAAAACAAUAAAGAAAGACCACUUGAUAAAGGGAUUGUGGAAACCAUAAAUGAGAGUGAUGAAACUUUCAAAGAGUCAUUAUCCAAGAAAGGUCUACCUCUUAUUGAGGACACAAAAGACAACACCUUUAGGAUUAAAUGUGAUGUUGUGAUUGUUGGUUCUGGAUGUGGAGGAGGUGUUGCAGCUGGAAUCCUUGCAAAAUCAGGUCACAAAGUCGUCGUGCUCGAAAAAGGUCAUUACUUUGUACCAGAAGAUUAUUCUGGUCUUGAAGGUCCUUCAUUGAAUGAACUAUAUGAGUCAGGUGCAAUGCUUAGUACUCUUGAUGGAGAGGUAAUGGUUACGGCUGGAAAAACAGUUGGUGGUGGAUCUGCUGUAAACUGGUCUGCAUCUAUUAAAACUCCAAAUGAUGUUCUCAAUGACUGGUCUGCGAAUCACAAGAUUUCAUGGUUUGCAACUUCUGAAUAUCAGUCUGCUAUGGAUGCAGUAUGCAAACGGAUUGGUGUAACAGAGAAUUGCUUUGGGGAAGGAUUUCAGAACCAAGUAUUACGAAAAGGGUGUGAAAAUCUUGGUUUGAAAGUGGAGAAAAUACCAAGAAAUUGUUCGGAGAAUCAUUAUUGUGGUUCUUGUGGUUAUGGUUGUAAAACAGGAGACAAGAAAGGGACUGAUUCCACUUGGCUUGUUGAUGCUGUUAAUGCAGGCGCCGUUAUCUUGACUGGAUGCACUGCAGAAAGGUUCAUACUGGAAGAUAACAUGGAUGGGAAGAUGAGAAAAAGAUGCUUUGGGGUAAUUGCUAAUACUGAAAGCAAGCAGAUCACUAAGAAGCUACAUAUUGAAGCUCGAACCACGAUUUCUUCCUGUGGAUCUCUCUUCACACCUCCCUUACUGAUUUCCAGUGGACUGCAGAACAAGAACAUCGGGACAAACCUCCAUCUCCACCCUGUUCUUUUGGCGUGGGGAUACUUCCCUGAAUCCAUGUCUGAAAUCAAAGGGAAAAAUUAUGAGGGAGGAAUAAUGACAUCCCUUCAUAAGAUGGUACCUGAAGAAACUAAUGCACAGGCCAUAAUAGAAGCUACAGCUCUAGGACCUGCUACUUUCGCCAGCUUUUUUCCAUGGACUUCUGGGCAGGAUAUGAAGGAGAUGAUGACAAAGUACUCGCGAACAGUCACUCUGUUAGCCUUGAUAAGAGAUCAAGGUUCAGGAGAAGUAAAGAAGGCAGGGAGGAUAAAAUACAGAUUGGACGGAAUUGAUAAAGAGAAUAUCAAAGCUGGUUUAAGAAGGGCAUUGAGGAUACUGAUUGCAGCAGGAGCUGUUGAAGUGGGAACAUAUCGAAGCGAUGGACAGAAAUUAAGUUGUAAAGGGAUCAAGAAUGAAGAGUUAGAAGAGUUUCUGGAUACAGUUGGAGCUCCUGGAGGGGCAAGUUCUAAAGGAGAACACUGGGCAAUUUAUGCCUCUGCACAUCAAAUGGGAAGCUGUAGGAUGGGGACAAAUGAGGAAGACGGAGCAGUGGAUGAAAAUGGCGAAUGUUGGGAAGCAAAAGGCUUAUAUGUAUGCGAUGGAAGUGUGCUUCCUACUGCAGUUGGUGUCAAUCCGAUGAUCACUAUACAGUCCACUGCUUAUUGCAUUGCCAAGAGAAUAGCAGAGGCACUGCACAAUGAAAAGCUAGAUUCAGACAUAUGUAAAUGAAAUAAAUGUGUAUUUCGUACCUCAGAAUAAUUCUGUAACCUUACCUCGAAAAUAAAAGUUACCAUUUCCAUUUCAA